AUGAGUAUGUUAGCGCACUCCUGUGCUGUUCGAAGUCUUUUUGAAGUUGUUAAUCGUGUUUGUAUUCUUCAAACAGUAUCAUUAUCGACAAUGUCAACAAAACAAUCUCAGCCAACUGCUAGCAGUGGUAAUAGUGCUGCUAGUUCAGAUUUAGCACAUUGUGAUUUUGAAGUAUAUGGAAGAGUUCAAGGUGUUUUUUUUCGAAAACAUACUAUUGAACAAGCCAAAAAAUUACAGUUAACUGGUUGGGUUAGAAAUACAGAGCAAGGAACAGUUCAAGGUGAACUAGAAGGCAAAAAAGCGAAAAUAGAUGAAAUGAAAAAAUGGUUAGAAAAAACGGGUAGUCCAAAAUCUAGAAUUGAUAAAGCACUAUUUUCAAAUGAAAAAUCAAUUGAUAAACAGAAACUGAACUCAUUCACACAGAAAUAA